AUGCCGCUCCUUUCGUCCACCCUCCUGAUACGUACCUACUCCUUGACAAUCUUAACGGCAGCGUACUACCUCGCCACGUCACCUGCGAAACUCCUCUCCUCAGGCCCGAUAUGGCUACUGGGUGAAAGCAUGAGCAUCCGCCCCGCGUCUUUCGCAUUGGACGACCGGGCUCCUUACAAUGCUGCGGGAAGUCGGGCACAGAGUAGCAGCAUCAAAGGACAAUUGGGCGGGAAUGGAGAAUCACAAGGCGAGCGCGAACUAUUGACCCUGCUGGCACUCCUGCUGGUCGUGUAUGCGGUGACGCAGUUCGUUUUCGCCGGUGAUUUGAGCUUGAUGGGUAUCAAUGCCGCGCGGCUACCGUCGUCAACUUCUUCUUUGGACAAAUCUGACUCGGACCGCAAUCCUAACGCUACGUCGUCUACCUCCUCUUCCUCGUCGUCUUCUUCGUCGCGCUUCGCAGAGGACCUGCACACCAUCUUCACCGCCCAGUCGCGCUGGCUGACCCUCGCGGGUCUCCAUGUCCUGGCCUCGGCAGGCCUGGUAUUCUGGAUCUACACGUUCCACUCGCAACGGUCAACGCACCGUCCAUCACUCUGGGAUGCGCUGACGGAGGUAGACUUGAAUUCCUCCUCAUCGAUUUUCGGGAGGCUGGCGAACCGGGUCACGUUCACCUUGACGCUCCUGGAUAUGCUGUUCUGGGGCUACUUGUGGACGGUGCUCAAGCAAGAAGGGCAGGAACUGGCCAAGACGUUGUCGAUGAGACGGGAGGCGCAAGAGCAGCACGAGCACAAUAGCUGA